CUAGCUUUAAGUAAAGUGUAAGUCUCGAAAAUGGCUGCUUCCAUUUCCAAGAAAAACGUAUGCGGUGUUUUUUCGAUAGCUAACAUAAUCAUUGUUUCUGCUAUAUUCUGCAUUGCUUGCUGCUCUUCAGAAAAUAUUCAAAGCGUCAAACAAUCUAAUGCUGAAGAUUCUAUACAUCAAAAUGAUGUCCAUAAUACAGAACAAACCAUUGAUCAGCAUUACACCUCAAACCAAGAGCAACAGAAUGAAAUCAGUAAAUCUGAAAAAUCUCGGAAGCAUAUUCAUGACACACUUAAGCUUAAAAAGCAGUCUUACAUGAAUUCACAGCUAAAUGCGCAAGAAAUUGCCAAUCGAACUCUCAAUGAACUACUUAAGAUUUAUGAAUCUACCAUUCAGCCUCUUGAGGACGCAUACAGGUUCAGUGACCUUAAUAAAGACUCUUUAUUGGGUGCAGAAAUAAAGGCUAAGCCUCUGAUUUUACUCAUUGGGCCAUGGAGCACUGGAAAAACAUCCCUCAUUAACUACUUGCUAGGUUUAGAAAACUCUCCUCAAAAACUUCAUACAGGUGCUGAGCCAACUACUAGUGACUUUUUUAUAAUACAAAAUGGUCCACAAUAUAGAACUAUAAAGGGUAUGCAACUCAUCACAGAUCAAAGAUUAUCUUUUGCUUCCCUUGAAAGAUUGGGCCUGCAUUUUCUAGAGCGAUUAAAAGGUGUUGAGCUUCAAUCGCCAUUGCUUGAACUAGUGACAUUAGUGGACACUCCUGGCAUCCUGGAGAAUAAAAAACAGCAAGAGAGGGGCUACCCAUUCAAUGAAGUGACUGAGUGGUUUAUUCAAAGAGCCAGCAUCAUCUAUUUGGUGUUUGAUCCCACCAAGUUGGAAGUAGGCUCUGAGCUGGAGGGGAUUUUUAAUAUGCUUAAAGGCCAUGAUGGUAAAGUCAGACUGCUGUUAAACAAAGCCGACACAGUUUCUCAGCAGGAGCUAAUGAAAGUGUAUGGGGCUUUGUUCUGGAGCUUGGGCCCCCUUAUACACUCUGUGGAGCCUCCGAGGGUGUACGUAGGAUCCUUCUGGUCAAACACUCGCACUGACCACCCACUGGCCAAGCUGUUUCUGGAGGAAGAAAUGACACUGCUAGAGGAUCUAAACCAGAUCAUUGAAAACCAAGUUGAAAAUAAGAUUGCCUAUGUGCGUCAGCAUGCCUCUUUAGUUCGCUUGCAUGCCCUCACCAUAGAUGCCUUUAUUAAAGUAUAUGAGAAAAACAAAAGUUAUUUAUUCAGUAAUGAUGAAUUAAUGUUAAAUAUUAUAGAAGAUCCUGUUAAAUAUAAUGUCUUCCAAAAUUUGUUACUAAACAAUGAGGUGAGUAAAUUUGAUCUGCCAAAACCUGAGACUUAUAUUGAAUUUUUUAAAAACAAUCCCCUAGAAAUGUUUAAACCUCUAAGCAAAUAUUGUUCAUUUUUUAGUGCUUGUUAUCUUGAUACCAUAAACAAGGCAUUAAAUGAACAAUUGCCAAAACUGCUGAACACCAUGAAACUAAAUCGGGCGCAAGGUUUCUGUACAAAAGAUUCUUGUACAAAAUCUUAAUUUCUGCCCUAAUUUAUUUUUUUGCUCAAAUUGUUAUCAUUUUAUAAUUCAAACAGAUUUUCUUUUUCAGUUUAAAUUUUAUGGUUAUAGAUAGAAACCAUUUUCAUGUAAUGCUUUUUGUAUUUUAGUUGCUUGUUAUUUUUUCAUCUACAUGCUAGAUAUAGUAUAUGGUUGAGGUUAAAGUAGUUUAAAGCUAUUCAAUACUGUCCACUUUCAAAUAAGUCGGCACAUGUGGCUUUGUGUUCAACAUGUCUUUACUGUUUUCUACUACUGGUAUUAGAACACUAAUCAUUAAAAAUGUAUGUUGUCAGAUGUAAUUAAUUAAACAUUUACCUGAAUUUUAUUUAUGCAUGUUAAUAAUACAUGUACUUAUGAACUGAAAAUAAUUAAGAAUGUACUAUCUACUGUUGUAAAAAAAACAUGCAACAUGGUUCAGAAUUAUUGUUGUUUAGGUUUAUAUAACAUUUUGCCAAAUAGAAUGGGUGCCUGAACAAUUGACAAUCUUGAUGUCUAGUCAACCAAGCAUUUACCCUUUUUACCCUCUAGUUUGUGACAGUGUUUAGAUUCAACUGUCCACAUGUUUCGCCUAGUGGGUUUCACACAUGGGGUUUUAAUAGACUUUUACAGAGUGUGCCAAGGUUAACAAAUCAUCCUCUCAGGCCUGUUUCUAUCUUAAAUUUCGAAGGCCUAAUAGGUGGUUUGUUUUACUCCUGGUAGAGCAUAAUAUUGUUGUUUUGUAACACUAAUACUAUAGGCACAUACAAACUUAAUGCCUUGGUAAACUUAAUGUGUUAAUAAGUUUACAAUAUUUAUAACCAAACUGUCAUUAUAAAUUGUCAGUAUUUUAUAAUCAUUUGAUAAUUAUGGCUGUGAUAUUACAUCCAUUCCCAUUUACUGAAUAUAGCAAUAUGCAUAUUUUUGAAAUACAUGUAAUCUCAAUUUAAUGCAAUCUUCUUUUAAAAUAUAAGAUUUC